UUCCUUCCUGUCAUUUCAAACCAGCACGGGCACGGCUGUGUCAAAAUGUGGCAAACUUGAUGUGGAAGAUGUGAGCACUCCAUGUUAAAGGUGAAGGUCACCUGAGAUUUACUUGACUUGUUCAUGGCAAGCCAAGCCUGGCUGGAGUCUUCCCUGCGGCGCUCUGCCAGUCUGGGCCUGGAGGUGCUGGAGCGGGCCUCCAGGCGUAGCGUUGACUGGACCAGCACUGGUGCAUCCCAGACCCCCACUACUACAGAUGAAAACACACAAGUCCCUGUCAAGAGAGUCCACAGAGAGCUUAAUGAUGCCUUUGCAACCAUCGCAGAGUUCAUGGCACAGACGACGUAUCACUGCAAGAGGUUUUAUGAGUCGGGCUGCUGCACUGAGCUCACUGAAAAUGAGAGGAACCAUGUGUCCAGGUUUCACACUCGACCAGCUGCUGGGAAAACAAGACCUGCACUGCUGACCAGGAAACAUGGUCGCGUGUCGGCAGCAGGUGAAGAUUUCUACAUCGAGGUUUCACCUGGAACGUACGCCGUCACUGCCAGCAUGCAGGAGUCACAGCAGCAGACUCAGCUGGUUAGUGUCAAAGCUGGAGAGAGCAUCAAGCUCACCUUUAACCUCUGACCUAAUCCUUAACCUUCAGUAACACCUGACCAAUGCUAAUGCUGUGUGUGUGUGUUUUUUUUUAUUGCCUGCUUUACACUGGGUUUACAUCUUAUUUUAUUAUCAAAAUGUUUUAUUUGCUGCACAAUGAGAAGCCAUAUUUUUAUUGCAUUUUCCUUGAGUAUUAUUAUGUGGAUUGAAAUUAGAAAAUCAUGUAAUGCACUUAACAAUUUGUUUACCUGCACUAAUGCCACAUCAGUGUAUUAAAUAAAGUGUAUUUUUAAUUAAAAUAUUUUUAACGUUUUUA